AGUCUUUGCUCCGCCGCUGAGCCUUAGUGUGUGAGUUUAGUGGCAACGGAGGCUUGCGUUGCCUGACCCUGAAAUACCCACAUUAAAACUUGGAUUAUACUCGCCUUGAGAGAUGCUAGAGCGAUGCUGUUGUCUUCCUGUUCUGAUAUCUGUUGCCGGAUGGGCUUCCACGAACAAACUGUGACGAGAUGUGGGGUUAGUGAGGAGGUGGCAGCGCUGGUGCUAACACAAGGUCUUCACUACUCGUCUUUACUAAUUACCAAAGUCUCUGCUUAAUUAUGGAGCAGAGAGACAGUAGUAUUCGAUAUAAGUAAUAGACAUUUACUACCGGUAAGGUGUCAGAAAAUUUAAACUUUCAAAUUAUACCAAGAAUAUCCAGGAAUAACUGAAUCUGAAGUGAACUGAAACCAAAUAAUUACUUGUUAAUAAAAAAAUAUUUUGUUCUUACUGAGAAUAUAACUAUCUUAAGAGGAACAUCCGAUUAAGUACCUCAUAACUUGGGGAGAGACACCCAUACAACAGCACCACCAGGGAGACACACCCAUACAACAGCACCACCAGGGACGCCACCAUGACUCGUACUACCUUCAACAUCACCACCGUGUACUCGUCAGCACAGUGUGUACUUUCUGUAGUGGGGUCUGUUGGUGUAAUCCUGCUGUUCGCUGGCAUCCCACAGCUUAUCUACUCUCCUGUGGUGAGCGUGGCCAACCUCAUGACCUUCCUGCUGGGUGCCAUACUCAUUACCACCAUGGUAGCUGGAAACUCCUUCCUCAACUACAAGUACCGCAGAUUUGAGCGAGAGGCUCGUGAACGACGGAGAGCCCUCAGAGACUCUGCAGCAGUGGAGGGAGGGAGUACGGGCGACCCCGAGGAUAAGCCUCCUAGUUAUGACGCUAUCCUCACCUCUGAUGGUCUUCCACCUGACUACUAUUCCAUUCUCUCCGAGAAACCCCCUAAGUACGAGGAGAUUGCAAAUCGUAUCAUAACCACCACAACAGUUGCUGAUGCAAGUUCCAAUAGUUCAGAUACAGACUCCAAUAAUUCCAUUGCUAUUAUAUCUGGGGCCUCGCCUUCAACGGAAGUGACAUCAUUUAGCAGUGUAGGUGUAGAAAGCCUACCACAGGUGUUUCAUUCAAAAACAGUUACCAAUGAUGAUGAGUUAAACUCGUUCGCUCAAGUUACUAGCAACAACAUAGAUGAAAGAGAGGCUACAAGGCAAGGUGAAAUUAACCAAGAAACAUCAAGUGAAACACGUCAGGAAGCAUUAGGUGAAAUAUCUCAAGAAACGCUUGGUGACGUGCAUCCAGAAGUAUUAAGUGAAACACAAGAAGCAUUAGGAAUACGUCAAGAAACAGGAGAAUCACAUCAAGAAAUCCUAGGAGAAACUGAUCAAGAACGGCAAGAUGAAAGAAUUAAAGAAACAAGCCAAAAAAGAGACGGCAGAAGAUCGGGAACCGAUAAUAAUUCUAUCAGUAGACAAAGUUCACAAGGCAGUUUGCAAACUAUCAGUGAAUCAUAGUCACGAUAACCAAUUAUUAAUGAAUAUCCCUCUAAAAUUUGUGCCAAGUUACUGGAAUUUUUCUCGUGAUGAGAAACCUACUUUUAUAUUUAAUUGUUCCUUGGUAUUUCAUGUGUGCUUAAUACACAUUUUAAACCAUAAACUGAUUACUCUAUGGUCAUUUAAUUUUUUAAAUUACCAGAAAACUAGUCUCGCGAUUAAUUUGUUAACACAGGAGUGAUUUAUCCUUAAUGCAUUAUAAACAUUGAAAUUAAUGUUUUUACAACUUAGUCAUUUUGCUUCAGCUAAGCGCUUAUAUUUCAGUUCAAUGUACGUGUGAUUUAUGAAUAAAUUAAUAUUUAAUUUCUUAAUUUGAUUGUAAAGCUACAUUUUUUUUACUGUUGAAACAUUUGCUUCAGCAGUCUAUUUAAGAUUUUUACACUUUCUGAAAUAUAGUGUAUGUUCAAUGUUACUUUGAAAGUAUGGAGGAUUUUGUUACAUUUUAAGUAAUGCAGUACUGAGUGGCCCAGAAACCAUACUAUAUUAAUUUGCAUCUCAUUAGGCUUGACAAACUUUAUUUCAUUGAUGAGUUGCUUUUGAACGAAGUUUGUUUUUGGUGUGUUGAUAACUAAUAAUGGUUCAUGCUGGCUUGCAAAAGUAAAUUAAAUUCAAGAUGCUAAAUUGAAAUUUUAGUAAUUAAUCUUUAUCUGCAUUGACACUUUGGCUGAUACAAGCUUCCUUUGCACUUUUAUUAUAGAAUAGGUUACCAAAGGCAAAAUUGCCCAUUUAUUAAUGUUUGUUUAUAUACAAAAUGUUCAUGUUACUGAGACAAAAUAUUUUACAAAACAGAAUUCAAUUUUUUAAACACUUAGUGCAAUGAAAAAUGUAAACUUUCAUAGACAAACCGCAUACCACACCUAAAACAUUGGUAGAAGGCUGAGGCUUGGUGCUUAUAUUAUUACUAAUGUUUUCGAGAAAUGCUGAAUUCGUAGAGGAUCAUGCAGAGGAUCAUGUAGAGGAUCUUGUCAGCAUCAAGAACCCUUCCUGAAGGGUUUGGAUAAAGAAAGUUAGUUGUGGCACGAUGCUUAGAAUAUUAAGAGAAGGUUGAAGUUUAUAAUUAUGAAGUUUUUUCAGUGGCAAAAGUUUGCUUUAGUGUAACAAAGGGCAAAGGUUUGCUUUAAUUUAACCUCUGAGACAGUUUUGAAUCUGAAAGUAUAAUAUUCAGGAAAAGCUACAUAAGGGUUAGUGAACAAUACGGCUAAAUUAUGAAAAGUGCAAUGUAAAGUAAAUAUGAAUGUGGUCUGAAAAUCAUUAGAGAAAUUAGUAUGAGACAAGACCCCACUGCUGAAUAUCACAGUUAGUGAAGAAACAGAAAAUGAGCCAUCUACAGCAAGAAAAAUAAGCAGAAAGGAAGCUCAAAAUUAAUUUUCAUUGGAAAGGUGGAUGAAACCACAGAUAGUUAUACUCUACCCCUAUCAAAAGCAUUGAAUAUAUCUAGGGCUCUGUCAAAUAAUUUACCAAAAUAUCUAAGCAAAUUUAAAAAGCAGUUGUGUGGCUAAAGAUGAAAUACUUAAGAAAUGUCGUUAAGAACAGAUUCGAAUAUCGUUCGUCUGAAAUAUUUACUAGGAUUGGAAUGCUUUUCAUUCGUCAAGACAGGUUGAACCAAAGCAUGUUUCCAAAAAAUAAAGGUUUAGAGGACAAGAUAGUCAAGUCAGUAUAAGUGUAAGCUCUGAGGCACAUUUCCUUAACACAUGAGAAGACACACACCCUCUGGGUCAUACACUUUCUUGCAAUGAUACAUAUCGAUAUGGACUGUACCUACAGUUUUCUGCAGGUUGUGAUACUCGCACUAGGUUAAGGUUUGUGCUCUUUAUGUGAUAAUCAUUUUAUAAUAAAAAUUAAUAUUUUUAUAG